CUUCUCUUUAUAAGCCCGCAGUGCCCGGAUGUGAAUGGAUUACAAUGUAUCUUUCAGGGAAACCUAUUAUUAUCAAUGUGACUCCACGGGGGAGUCCAUGGUGAUGAUGAUGAUGAGGAGGAUGAUGAUGAGGAGACACCUCUAAACUUGGAACAAGUUUAAGACUUUAUAAGAGGAGAAGAGAAAAAAAAAACCCACCACAAGAUUUGUUUGAGGAAAAAUUAUAACUAGCUGUGCUAUUUUUUUUGGUAUAAACAAUAAGAAAAAGUUACUGGAUUUUUUUUUAAAGGAUUUAUUUUUGGGGGAGGGGAUUUUGUUGCAGUUUUACAGUGGAACAUGCCAAAACCAGAGCCAGGUGCAUAAUCUUGUAAUUUGUGGAAUAUCCCUGGACCAAGACUGAGUACCAGUUAAAGUACUUUUUUUUGGGGAUACACAUGUGAGAUCCUAAAUACUUGCAGAAGAUUUUUGUGUCUCUUUUUUAAAAAAAAGUCUCUUUCCUUGGAAUAUUGUGAGCAUAUUUGUGGCCAUUUAAGAUGUUUUCACCUCCUGUGAGCAGUGGGAAAAAUGGACCAACUUCUUUGGCAAGUGGACAUUUUACUGGCUCAAAUGUGGAAGACAGAAGUAGCUCAGGGUCCUGGGGGAAUGGAGGACAUCCAAGCCCAUCCAGGAACUAUGGAGAUGGGACUCCUUAUGAUCACAUGACCAGCAGGGACCUUGGGUCACAUGACAAUCUCUCUCCACCCUUUGUCAAUUCCAGAAUACAAAGUAAAACGGAAAGGGGCUCCUACUCGUCUUAUGGGAGAGAGUCAAACUUGCAGGGUUGCCACCAGCAGAGUCUCCUUGGAGGUGACAUGGAUAUGGGCAACCCAGGAACCCUGUCGCCCACCAAGCCUGGCUCCCAGUACUAUCAGUAUUCUAGCAAUAAUCCCCGAAGAAGACCUCUUCAUAGUAGUGCCAUGGAGGUACAGACAAAGAAAGUUCGAAAAGUUCCUCCAGGUUUGCCCUCUUCAGUUUAUGCCCCAUCAGCAAGCACUGCCGACUAUAAUAGAGACUCGCCGGGUUAUCCCUCCUCAAAACCAGCAGCCAGCACUUUCCCUAGCUCCUUCUUCAUGCAAGAUGGCCAUCACAGCAGUGACCCUUGGAGCUCCUCCAGUGGGAUGAAUCAGCCUGGCUACGGAGGAAUGUUGGGCAAUUCUUCUCAUAUUCCACAGUCUAGCAGCUACUGCAGCCUGCAUCCACACGAACGUUUGACCUAUCCAUCACACUCCUCAGCAGACAUCAAUUCCAGUCUUCCUCCAAUGUCCACUUUCCAUCGCAGUGGUACAAACCACUACAGUACCGCUUCCUGCACACCACCUGCUAACGGGACAGAGAGUAUUAUGGCCAAUCGGGGGAGUGGCGCAGCGGGCGGCUCACAGACUGGAGAUGCUCUGGGGAAGGCACUGGCUUCGAUCUAUUCUCCAGAUCAUACUAACAACAGCUUUUCAUCCAACCCUUCAACUCCUGUUGGCUCUCCUCCUUCACUCUCAGCAGGCACAGCUGUUUGGUCCAGAAACGGAGGACAGGCCUCAUCAUCUCCUAAUUACGAAGGACCCUUACAUUCUUUGCAAAGCAGAAUCGAAGACCGCUUAGAGAGACUGGACGAUGCUAUCCAUGUUCUCCGGAAUCAUGCUGUGGGUCCUUCCACAGCAAUGCCUGGUGGUCAUGGGGACAUGCAUGGAAUCAUCGGACCGUCUCAUAAUGGAGCGAUGGGCGGUCUGGGCUCAGGGUAUGGAACUGGUCUUCUAUCAGCCAACCGACAUUCACUCAUGGUGGGGGCCCAUCGUGAAGACGGCGUGGCCCUAAGAGGCAGCCAUUCUCUUGUGCCAAACCAGGUUCCUGUUCCACAGCUGCCUGUCCAGUCUGCGACUUCCCCCGACCUGAACCCAACACAGGAUCCUUACAGAGGCAUGCCACCAGGGCUCCAGGGACAGAGUGUCUCCUCUGGCAGCUCGGAGAUCAAAUCUGACGACGAGGGUGACGAGAACCUGCAGGACACGAAAUCUUCCGAGGACAAGAAAUUAGAUGACGACAAGAAGGAUAUCAAAUCAAUUACUAGGUCAAGAUCUAGCAAUAACGACGACGAGGACCUGACGCCAGAGCAGAAGGCCGAGCGGGAGAAGGAGCGGAGGAUGGCCAACAACGCCCGCGAGCGCCUGCGUGUCCGCGACAUCAACGAGGCCUUCAAGGAGCUCGGCCGCAUGGUGCAGCUGCACCUCAAGAGUGACAAGCCCCAGACCAAGCUCCUCAUCCUCCACCAGGCUGUGGCCGUCAUCCUCAGCCUGGAGCAGCAAGUGCGAGAAAGGAAUCUGAAUCCGAAAGCCGCGUGUCUGAAAAGGAGGGAGGAAGAGAAGGUGUCCUCGGAGCCGCCCCCUCUCUCAUUGGCAGGCCCGCACCCCGGGAUGGGCGACGCAUCGAAUCACAUGGGACAGAUGUGAAAGGGUCCAAGUUGCCACAUUGCUUCAUUAAAACAAGAGACCACUUCCUUAACAGCUGUAUUAUCUUAAACCCACAUAAACACUUCUCCUUACCCCUUUUUUUGUAAUAUAAGACAAGUCUGAGUAGUUAUGAAUCACAGACGCAAGAGGUUUCAGCAUUCCCAAUUAUCAGAAAACAGAAAAAACAGACAAAAAAAAGAGGAAAGAAAAAGUGCACCUUGCGGGGCGGUGACACUCUCUUUAACAUAUCACUCAGAACACGCAAAGCAGUAAGUGCUGGCUGCGGCCCAGCCCGGAGACUGAAUGGCAAUCUCUCCACACUGUGGAACAAUGCAUUUGUGCCUAAACUUCUUUUGGA